AUGAAGCACCAAAAAUUACUCACUAAGUUCCUUUCUUAUCCGUUGAUACUAGGAACUAUCCUACUACUUUCAACAACAACAUGGACCAUUGCAGAAGAAGUUGAGGAUGAGCAUGAAUUUGAUUACAUAAAAGGGAGUAAAAAGGGACCUUCACACUGGGGAGAUUUGAAGAAGGAAUGGAAAGCAUGUAAGAAUGGAAGAAUGCAAUCUCCAAUUGAUAUGUCAAAUCAUAGAGUGAGGAGAGUUUCAAACUUAGGAAAAUUAAAGAAGAAUUAUAAAGCACAAAAUGCUACAUUAAAAAAUCGAGGUCAUGAUAUUCAGGUGAAAUGGGAGGGAGAUGCAGGAUCAAUGAAUAUUAAUGGGACAAAUUAUUUUCUACAUCAAGCUCAUUGGCACUCACCUUCUGAACAUACCAUCAAUGGAAGAAGGUAUGACAUGGAGGUACAUAUGGUUCAUGAAAGCUCAAAAAGAAAAGGUAAAAGCAAGAUAGCUGUUGUUGGGCUUCUAUAUAAGAUGGGUCGACCAGACCCUCUUCUCACCAAGUUGUCAAAAUACAUAAAAGGCAUGGUGGACAUUGAAGCAGAAAGGAGUAUUGGAGUGAUUGAGCCUUUCAAAAUCAAAUUUGAUGGAAAGAAAUAUUAUAGAUAUAUAGGUUCUCUCACAAUUCCUCCUUGCACUGAAGGUGUCAUAUGGACUAUUGAUAGAAAGAUAAGAAGUGUGUCAAGAGCACAAAUUAAAUUAUUUAGAGAGGCUGUACAUGAUCAUGCAGAGAGGAAUGUCAGACCAAUACAACUCCUAAAUAAAAGAGAGAUACAACUUUAUGGACCAAAACCCAAGAAAUAA